AUGUUUUUGGAUGAAUUCCUCAAACCCCUCAUUUUUCCCUUCCUUCCAUGUAAAGAAUUUCUUCUUCUUUUUUUUCACCAUUUCCUUUCUCUGAUUUCCCUUCUUCUAUCCACGAAGACUGCUAAAAUUUAUUUUCUUUCCUUCAUUCUUUUUUUCUUUCAUUCAUUCUUGCAUUCCUUCCUUCCUUCCUUCCUUUAUUCAUUCAUUCAUUCAUUCAAAAUCGAUAGCAUCUUCUUCCACCUUCUUUCCCAUAUUCUUCUUCCUUCUUCGUUCCGUUUUAAUUUCUUUCCUUCAUUCCUUCCUUCCGUCUUUCAUACAUUUCUUCCUUCAUACUUUUCUUCAUUCAUUCAUUCCUUUCUUCUUUCUUUCUUUCUCCCUUCCUUCAUUCAUUCAUUCAAAGUCGAUAGCAUCUUCUUCUUCUUCCUCCUUCUUUCCAUUUUAAUUUCCUUCCUUCCUUCUUUCAAGGUCUGCAGAAUUUUCUUUUCCCCCCUCUUCUUUUACAAAAUAUUCUUUUUCUCUUUUUUCGUAUUCAUUUCCUUCCUUCCUUCCUCCUUCCCUUCUUCCUUCCUUCUUUCAAAGUCUGAAGAAUUUUCUUUCCUUCCUUCUUUCCUUUCUUCCUUUUUUCCUUUCUUCCUUCAUUCCUUCCUUCCUUUAAAGUUUACAAAAUAUUCUUUUUCUCCUUUUUUCGUUUUCAUUUCCUUCCUCCCCCCUUACUCCUUUCUUCCCCCUUACUCCUUCCUUCCUUCCUUCUUUACUUAA